AUGGCUAAUGCCUCCCCAGACCUGGACAACGUGGAAGCCCAGCGCCAGCUCAACAACAACAACCGACCAAUCAGCUCUGGGUUUUGGGAGACGGAGUGUACCAGCUCCAAGCUGUUCGAGUGCUCCCGCAUCAAGGCCCUGGCAGAUGAACGAGAUGCGGUGCAGAAGAAGACUUUUACCAAAUGGGUUAACUCUCAUUUGGCCAGAGUGUCCUGUCGUAUAUCUGACCUCUACAACGACCUGAGGGAUGGAUACAUGCUCACCAGACUGCUGGAGGUCCUCAGUGGAGAGCUACUGCCGAGGCCUACACGGGGUCGUAUGCGGAUCCAUUGCCUUGAGAAUGUCGACAAAGCCCUCCAGUUCCUUAAAGAACAGCGGGUCCACCUGGAAAAUGUCGGUUCACAUGACAUCGUCGAUGGAAACCACCGCCUCACUCUGGGUCUCAUGUGGACCAUCAUCCUACGCUUCCAGAUCCAGGUGAUCAAGAUAGAGACAGAGGACAAUAGAGAAACCCGCUCUGCCAAGGAUGCGCUGCUGCUCUGGUGCCAGAUGAAGACUGCAGGGUACCCUGAGGUCAACAUCCAGAACUUUACCACCUGCUGGAGAGACGGCCUUGCCUUUAACGCACUCAUACAUAGACACAGACCUGACCUGAUAGAAUUCCACAAGCUGACAAGAUCCAACGCAACCCACAACCUCCAGCAAGCCUUCAACAUCGCAGAGCAGCACCUGGGCCUCACGAAACUCCUGGACCCUGAAGAUGUGAACACAGAGAACCCAGAUGAAAAGUCCAUCAUCACCUAUGUGGUCUCCUACUACCACUACUUCUCUAAGAUGAAGGCGCUCAUUGUGGAGGGCAAGAGGGUCGGCAAGGUAUUGGACAACUGUAUUGAGGCCGAGAAGAUCAUCAACCGCUACGAGGGUCUGGCGUCAGACUUGCUGGACUGGAUUGAGAAGACCAUUGCGGUCAUCAGUAACCAGAAGUUCGCCAACUCACUGGCUGGAGUUCAGCAGCAGCUACAAGCCUUCACAACCUACUGCACCAUAGAGAAGCCCAUCAAGUUCCAGGAGAAGGGGAAUCUUGAAGUCCUUCUCUUCACUAUCCAAAGCAAACUGAGAGCCAACAACCAGAAACCCUAUGUGCCUCAUGAUGGGAAGCUCAUCUCAGACAUCAACAAGGCCUGGGAGAGGCUGGAAAAGGCGGAGCAUGAGAGGGGCGUGGCUCUGCGUAAAGAGCUGAUUCGUCAGGAGAAGCUGGAGCUGCUGGCUCAGCGCUUCGACCACAAAACCACAAUGAGACAAGCCUGGCUCAACGAAAACCAGAGACUCGUAUCACAGGACAAUUUUGGCUAUGACCUGCCAGCAGUUGAAGCAGCGAUGAAGAAACACGAGGCCAUCGAGGCAGACAUCGCCUCGUACGAAGAGCGAAUCGGCGUCGUGGUGGAGCUUGCCGCAGAGAUGGAGGUGGAAGGAUACUAUGACAUUCGGCGUAUCUUGGCACGUAAGGAGAACAUCCUGGGGCAGUGGGGUCUGCUCAAAGAGCUGGUGGCUGGGAGGAGGACACGGCUGGAGAAGAACCUGGCCCUGCAGAAGACGUUUCAGGACAUGGUCUAUAUGAUCGACUGGAUGGAGGACACUCAGGUCCAGUUGCUGUCAAAGGACUUUGGGAAGCAUCUGUUGGAGGUGGACGACUUGCUGCAGAAACACAGCCUGCAGGAAGCUGAUAUUGGCGUGCAGGCCGAGAGGGUCGAGACCCUCAACACUGCUGCACUCAAAUUCACCACCAUAGAAGGUUACCAACCAUGUGACCCACAGGUGAUCUGUAACCGUGUCAACCAUGUCUCUUCCUGUCUGGAGGAGCUGAAACAACUGGCAGCCAAAAGACGCGCCGAGCUCGAGGAGUCGAGACAACUGUGGGCUUUCUUUCAGGAGCUGGAAGAAUCAGAGGCCUGGAUCAGGGAAAAGAGCUCCAUCCUGGGAGCUCAGAGCUACGGGAAGGACCUGAGCAGUGUGCUAGGGUUACUGCAAAAACACAAGACUCUGGCUGGAGAACUGCUGGCUCACCGGUCACUGCUGCAGAACACCAUGAAGCGUGGAAAGCAGAUCCUCAGUGAGAAAAGUUUCGGGACGGCUGGGAUCCAGGAGCGCAUCAUGGAUGUGAAGAGCGAGUGGAAGAGGCUAGAGGACCAGGCCGCGCAGCGUCUUGGUCACCUGCAGGAGGCGCUCAAUUUUUUCCAGUUCUCCACAGAGACGGACGACCUGGUGGCCUGGCUGCAAGACGCUUACCGCCUGGUCUCCAGUGAAGAUUUCGGACACGACGAGUACUCCACUCAGACCCUGCUGAAGAAACACAGAGGGGUCAGCGAGGCCAUCGACAAACAUCGUCUGCAUGUAGUAACGCUGCGUAAACACAUGGUGGCGCUGCCUUUGCAGUACCGUGAUCAGGAGGAGGUGCAGGUGCGUAUGGGAGAGGUGGAGCAGCUGUAUACAGAGGUAGCUGAGGUGGCAGUUCUCAGACAGCAGUGGCUUCACGACGCCCUUGCUGUCUACCGCAUGUUCAGCGAGGUCAACGCCUGCGAGCUGUGGAUUGAUGAGAAGGAGCAGUGGUUGGACAAGAUGGAGAUCCCUGAGAGGCUGGAGGAUGUGGAAGUGGUGGCACACAGGUUUGAGUCCCUGGACCAGGAGAUGAACAGCCUGAUGGGAAGGAUCCUGGACGUUAACCAGAUAGUCCAGCAGCUCCUGGAUGGGGGUCAUCCGUCCUCUACAGAGGUCAGAGGUUGUCAGGACCACCUCAACUCCAGGUGGAACAGCAUUGUGGAGCUGGUCGAGCAGAAGAAGGAUCAGCUGGACUCCAUGUUGCGUCUGCAGAACUACCUGCUGGAGUGUGCUGAGAUCAAGUCCCAAAUCCAGGACAAAAGAAAAGCCAUCGACGCCACUCAGUAUGUAGGCAGCGACCUGGGAGGAGUCCUGGCUCUGCAGAGACGUCUGUCCACCAUGGAGGGGGCACUGUCUGUCCUGGAGCCCAAACUGCUUCAUCUGCAGGAGGAGGCGGAGCACCUGGCCACCGCCCAUCCGACUCGAGCCAUGGAGGUUCUCGUGCCGUUUGAUGGCAUCAGCGUGGAGUGGGAGGAACUUAAACGGACCCUGCAGGGCUGUGAGGACUCGCUGAUGGUGGCUAGCAGGCUGCAGAGCUUCAUACAGGACCUGGACUCAUUUCUCACCUGGUUGGUCCAGACACAGACAUCUGCCGCCUCAGACCAGCUGCCCAACGACCUGGAGGAGGCUGAGAAACUCAUCAACAAACAUGCUGCCCUCAAGGAAGAGAUAGGACGGUAUGAAGAGGACUACGAGCGCCUGCAGGCCAUGAAUGAGUUGCUGGAGUCUGAGGAGGCUCCUCUCCCUCAGGCCGCCCUGCAGCAGUGGCUCCAGAAGCUCGAUGUAGGCUGGAACAAGUUACUGGAGAUGUGGGAGAGCAGGAGAGAAGUUCUGGUCCAGGCUCACAUCUUCCAUCUGUUCCUGAGAGACGUCAAACAGGCUGAGUCCUUCCUCAACAACCAGGAGUCGGCCCUCGCUCACGUGGAGCUGCCCACCACAGUGGAGACGGUUGAAACCGCCAUAAAGAAACACAAGGACUUCACCACCACCAUGGAGCUGAACCUGCACAGAAUCAAAGCCGUGAUCGAGGCCGGAGAGAGUCUGAUCAGCCAGAGCAACAUCUACUCUGAUCGCAUCAAGGAACGCAUCGACACCCUUGCCAACAGGGGAAACCAGAACAGAGAGCUGGCCCAGCAGUGGCUGGAAAAACUGAACGACCAGUGGGAACUUCAGAGGUUUCUCCAGGACUGUCACGAGCUGGGGGACUGGGUGUGUGAAAAGAUGCUGAUGGCGAGGGACAGCAGCCGAGACGAGACCCAGAAGCUUCAUAAGAAAUGGCUGAAGCAUCAGGCCUUCAUGGCCGAGUUGGCCCAGAAUAAGGAAUGGCUGGAUAAGAUUGAGAGGGAGGGCCAGCAGCUGAUCCAGGAGAAACCAGAGCUUAGUCCGGUGGUGCGGAGGAAGCUGGAGGAGAUCAGGGAGUGCUGGCAGGAUCUGGAGAGCACCACUCAGGCCAAAGCGCGACAGCUCUUCGAGGCCAACAGGGCUGACCUGCUGGUACAGAGCUAUGAAAGCCUGGACCAGAGACUGGGCCAGCUGGAGGGUCAACUGGCUUACGUAGACCAGGGACAGGACCUCACCUCUGUCAACAGGCAGCUCAAAAAACUACAGACCAUGGAGUGCCAGAUGGAGGAGUGGUACAAGGAGGUGGGGCAGCUCCAGGUGCAAGCGGCCUCCAUACCGCAGCAGACGCAAGUCAAGGAGACGGUUGUUGGGCAACAGGCCGCCGUGGAGGCCAGGAUGGUGCGUCUGAUCGAGCCGCUGAAGGAGAGGCGACGCAUCCUGCUGGCGUCCAAGGAAGUUCACCAAGUCGGACGAGACCUGGAGGAUGAGAUUUUGUGGGUUCAGGAGCGCCUCCCGAUGGCCAUGAGUCAGGAGCAUGGUUCCUCUCUGCAGGCUGUCCAGCAGCUCAUGAAGAAGAACCAGACACUUCAGAGGGAGCUGCAGGGCCACAGGAGCCGGAUCGACGACGUCCUGGAAAGGGCGGGAAUCAUAACCUCCAUACGCAGUCCUGAAGCCGACUGCAUCAGGGCAGGUCACGACCAGCUAGCCGGGCUGUGGGCUCUGCUCUGGACCGAGACUGAGAGAAGGCAGCUGGUACUGGACGCCAUGUAUCAGGCCCAGCAGUACUACUUCGACACGGCUGAAGUGGAGGCCUGGCUGAGCGAGCAGGAGUUGCACAUGAUGAACGAGGAGAAGGGGAAGGAUGAACCGAGCACACUGCAGCUGCUGAAAAAACACUUGAUCCUGGAACAGACCAUCGAGGACUAUGCCGAGACCAUCGGCCUGCUGUCACAGCAGUGUCGACAGCUGCUGGAGAUGGGACACCCAGACUGCGAGCAGAUCAGCAAGCGUCAGUCGCAGAUCGACCGCCUGUACGUGUCUCUGAAGGACCUGGUGGAGGAGAGGAAGAGCCGCCUGGAGCAGCAGUACUGGCUCUACCAGCUCAACAGGGAGGUGGAUGAGCUGGAGCAGUGGAUAGCUCAGAGGGAGGUGGUCGCCAGCUCGCCCGAACUGGGUCAAGACUACGAGCAUGUCACUGUCCUGCAGGAGAAAUUCACAGAGUUUGCAUCAGAGACGGGCAGCGUGGGGCAGGAACGAGUGACGGCCGUCAACCAGAUGGUGGAUGAGCUCAUCGACUACGGCCACUCCGAGGCCGCCACCAUCGCAGAAUGGAAGGACGGGGUGAACGAGGCCUGGGCCGACCUGAUGGAGCUGAUGGAGACCCGGGCGCAGAUGCUCGCCGCCUCACACCAACUACACAAGUUCUUCUCUGACUGCAGAGAGGUUUUGGCCCAGAUUGAAGACAAACAUCGAAGGCUGCCCGAGGUUCAGGAUCGGCAGGGCAGCACUGCCAACACCAGCACCCUGCAGAGACUCCUGCACAGCUUUGAGCAGGACAUACAGCUGCUGGUCACACAGGUGCGUCAGCUGCAGGAGAGUGCGGCCCAGCUGAGGACGGUGUACGCCGGUGAGAAGGCUGAAGCCAUCGCCUGCCGCGAGCACGAAGUGAUGCAGUGCUGGAAGGAGCUGCUGACGUCCUGCGAGGAGUGUCGGGUGCAGAUCACCACGGAGACGGACAAGCUGAGGUUCUUCAGCAUGGUCCGAGAUCAGAUCAUGUGGAUGGAAUCGAUCAUCUGUCAGAUAGGGACAGGAGAGAAGCCAAGGUGUGCUAACUGUUUGUGGGGGGUUUUCUGUGUUUCCUGCAGGGACGUGUCUUCAGUAGAAGUGCUGAUGAACUAUCACCAGAGUCUAAAGAGCGAAGUGGAGGCUCGCAGCCAGAGCACCAUGGAGUGUAUCGAGAUGGGCAAGACGCUGCUGGCUGCUAGAAACCCUGCAGCUGAAGAGAUCAAGGAGAAGCUGGACAAGGUGAUGGCUAAACAACAUGAGCUGACUGAGAAGUGGGACAGGCACUGGGAAAUCCUACAGCAAUUGUUGGAAGUUCACCAGUUUGCUCAGGACGCGGUGGUGGCAGAGGCGUGGCUGACGGCGCAGGAACCGUUCAUUAACAGCAACGAGCUCGGAGCGAGCGUAGACGAGGUUGAGCAGCUGAUUCGUCGUCAUGAAGCUUUCCGCAAAGCUGCCGCCACCUGGGAGGAGCGUUUCAGCUCACUGCGACGACUCACCACGGUAGAAAAGUUGAAAGCAGAGCAAAGUAAACUUCCCCCAACCCCCCUGCUGGGGCGUAAAGUCUUCCUAGACCCCCAAGAUGCCUCAGCCACUCCCUCCACCCUCCCCCGUAUCCCUCUCUCCCCCGUCAUGAGACAGACCAUCUACGAGCAAAACGAAGCCAGCUCUCCUCCCUCGCCGUCGCCUGCCACCCCGACACCCUCGCCUACAUCCGUGGCUCGCCGGCUGGGCUCGACGGUGGCCAACUACACCCCUGUGAUGAACGGCUCCAGUUACCGCCACACCCUGGAGGCGCGGCAUGGCAGCGUGGUGGGCGUGGCUGCGGGACUUGCCCAGCCCGCUCCCUCCUCAAUUGCCUCAAUCGCCACGGCAGCCAUGCUCGUCUCAGCCAACCAGGCGCGAGAAAGCACCAGCAUAGUGAGAGACCAGGCAGUGAAGGUGAUGAGUCACCUACAGCCAGUGCAGGCCGCGAGGGAACUGGAGGUGAAAUCAUCCCCGUAUCUACGGCAACCCAAAAUCAAACACCUGGACGACGCGGUGACACCGCUGCUCGUGGCCAGCCGGCUGGAGAAAGCGAGAGAGAGAGGGAGGGAGAGAGAGAUGAUGAUGGGAGAGAUAGGGACAGAGAAAGCGGAGGUGGCUGUGAUGGCUGAGGUGGUGCUCCAGGAGCCAAGCCGCGAGAGACUACACAGUGAGCCCACCAGAGGGCCCCGGGGGUCCAGGACUGACCCAUUGGGCUAUGCAGAGCCCCAAGUCCACCAGAAGGACCACAGGAUAGAACGGCAGCUGUCAAGCGAGCAGCUGAUCCAGGCGCGCAGGGAUGAGCUGCCUCAGGAGGUGUGGAGGGAACAUGCGGAGAGGCGGGAGAGACGGACGCUGGAGAGGCAAACGUCCAGCGAGCAAGAGGGCCACGGGAGCCAUGAGGGGCGGCGGAGAGAGAGGGACCGACACCGGCUAGAGAGACAGGAAUCCAGCGAACACGACACCGGACACUCGGACAGACGCUCAGGAGGAGGAGAGAGAAGAACCACCUUAUUAGAUAUUGUGGAGCAGCUGCAAGAAAGAGAAGCUGCCCAGGCCCGUGGCGAAGUGCCCCGCCUGCCUAACGGGGUACCAGAGAAGGCUUCCCGUCCCGAACGGCCUCGAGCUCGGGACAGACCCAAACCACGGCGCCGACCGCGCCCCAAAGAGGCAGGAGAGACGACACGACGGUCCAGGUCCGCCCCGGCCCAGAGCAGCCCGGCGGUCCCCCAGCCACCAACACACACUGCACAUCACGAGGGCUUCCUUUUCCGAAAGCUAGACAUCGAGAGCCUGAAGAAGAGCACCAAUAGCAGGUCUUGGGUCAAUCUGUACUGCGUGCUGAACAAAGGGGAGAUGGGUUUCUACAAGGAUGCCAAGAACACCACCACACCCUACAACAAUGAGCCGCUGCUCAACCUCUCCCACUGCCACUGCGACGUCACCAACGGCUACAAGAAGAAGAAGAACGUCUUCACACUUAAAACGAAGGAUGGCAGCGAGUUUUUGUUUCAUGCAAAAGAUGAGGAGGACCUCAAAACGUGGGUGUCCAAAAUCACCGCCAGUAUUACGGAGCACGAGGAGAUUGCCAAAUGGGGUCAGCCCCAACCAACUACCUCAUCCACUGACGAGGGCACGCGGCGCGACGGCAGCAAGGCGGACAACAGAUCGGAACGAGGCGGCGAGCGCUCGGACCGCACUGAGAAGAUCGAGCAGGGCGAGAAAGAAAAGGAGAAAGAACGCGAGAAGGAGAGAGAGAGAGGAGAAAGGUCAGAGAGGUCAGAUCGGGGCGGGAAGUCGGAAGGAAAGCGCUCGGAGAAGUCCAGUAAGAAAAAGUGA